AUGGGCAUUCUAGAGCCCGGCCUGUCUGAUGUUCUCUCUGGACCAUGUGGCCACCUGAACAUCCACCCGCGCGUAGUGGGAGGAAAAGACUCGGUUCGCGGGCGCUGGCCCUGGCAGGUCAGCCUACGCCUCCAUAAAGGCCACGCUUGUGGAGGGAGCCUGCUCAGCCGGCGCUGGGUGCUCUCCGCAGCGCACUGCUUUGAAAAGCAUAGGGAUCCCUCAAAUUGGAUGGUCCAGUUUGGUGAGCUAUCUUCCAGGCCAGCGAAAUUGGGGGCCUUCUACCAUCGUUACAAGGUGCAGGACAUUAUUAUGUACCCUCAUUUCAAGGGGUCUUCAUUCAUUGACAUUGCCCUGCUGAGGCUGACUUCCUCUGUCACCUACAAUAAGUACAUCCAGCCCAUCUGUGUGAUGGCCUCUUCCUUUGAGUUCCAGAACCGGACUGACUGCUGGGUGACUGGCUGGGGACACAUCCAUGAGGAUAACGGGCUGCCGUCUCCCUACAUCCUCCAGGAAGUACAGGUCUCCAUCAUAAACAACUCCAGGUGUAACUACCUGUACCAACAGCCCAAUUUCUUCUAUAGAAUCGAGGAUGACAUGAUUUGUGCGGGCUCUGAGGAUGGCAGCCAUGACACCUGCAAAGGUGACUCAGGUGGACCCUUGACUUGUGAAAAGAAUGGGCUGUGGAUUCAGAUUGGAAUCGUGAGCUGGGGAGUGGGCUGUGGUAGGCCCAACCGGCCCGGUGUCUACACCAACGUCAGUAGGUACUUCGGCUGGAUCCAGAAGCUCAUGGCCCAGAGCACACCCAGGAUACACCCCUUCCCACUGCUGCUGCUCCUCUCUCUGCUCGGGGCUGCCCCACUGGUGCAGCCAGCCUGCGCACAGCUGAGCCUGUGA